ACAACGCGGAGACGAACACUUUUGAUUGGAGCGAAGAACAAUGGUCUGAAUUAGACAAGACAAUCAAAAACGCCAGUCAAUUCAAGAAUAAGGGACUGGAAGAUGCAGAGAAGUUGCAGAAUUUAUUUGAUGGGAAGUUCUCUACCGGAGUUAAUAGGGAUACGCCUGGAAGAAUGGAACCUCCUUGUUCAGCUGGAACUUCUACAACUAAUGGAUCUGAUUCCCGAAUAAGUCUUGGAAAAGAACAAAAUCAUGAGGAUGAUAACGAGGUUGAUUCUAGUCUCAAUGCAAAGGGGAGUGGAAGGAAAAGAAAGAAGGAAAUGGACGAAGCCUCAAGUGAUUUAUUAACUGAAAAAGUUUGUUCUAUUGUCACAUCAAUGGAGGCUCAUCUUCAACAUAAAAAACUUGCUCUAGAAAAGGAUAACGCAGCAGAAUUCAUGAAAGCUCUAGAUAAUCUACUUGAGACUGAUUGCAUCACAAUGGAUGAGUAUUUGAGCAUUAGUCUAAAAGCUUCAGAGAUGCCUGGUUGGCAGAAAUUGUUUGUCAGUUUGAAAAGCGAUGAGCUUCGUGUUGCCUUUGCACACAAAAUUUUAGAAGAACGUUGAAAUUUAUGAAUUAGGAAAUAGUCAGAGAUGUUAUGAGUUGCUAAACAGUAGAAUUUGUGUUGAAUGUUGAAUGACUGAAUUACUUAAUCGGGUUUUAAUUUGUGUUGAAUGUUGAA